CGGCAACGCGCAGUGCGCACUAGUCACUAGUCACUCUACUCUCUCUACACUCCUCACCACUCCUAAUUCCGGCUCGAGUUGUGCGUUGUGCGUGUUUUUUUUUUAAUUUGGAAGCGCGCGCACGGGCUCGCCAGCGUUGUUGAUUCCGAGCAAACCGAUUCUAGAUUCUAGUUCUAGCCAGUUCUAGCUACCGGAGCUACCCCUCGACACGAGAUUGUAUGUAGAUUUAUAGAGUAGAUCGACUCGAGAUGAUGGUACGUAGUGAGUAAAUACGAAAUACGGAAUAGAAGCCGCCAGUUCGCCAGUGUGGAACGAGGACUCUCCUCUAUUGCCAUUGACUCCUACAGUCCUACGUGUGUCGCAGCACAUCGUCCCCUCCAGCUAUCCCCGCAGCUAUAAAGCGAGUUAAAACGCCGCUCUCGUCACACGAAUCAUCACGAAUCUUCACGCGAUGACGGACGACGGGACGGUCGAAAAGGAAAAACACAUGAAGCAGUUGAAGCGGAAGAUGGAAUGCUGGCGGGAGAUAAUUCUCCCUUUGAAUUCCAUUCUCUUGUGGGAACGCAGCUGGCAUCCCGGGCUGAUUGUCGGACUUGUAACGCUGAUAUUUUGUACUAUAUGGAUUCUAGAACCAGCUCUACUGACGAUGAUUUCCAUAUGUCUACUGAUAUUCGCUCUCGUCGAUUAUCUCGUGCCGAUUUUGACCUCGAUCUUAUGCAACGCGCAAAGCUGGACAGGACAAAAGGAGAAGAAGUUGAUUGAGAUUUGUCAAAAUGUCUCUGCCACUAUGUUGCAGAUGCAAGGUACAUGGACAUCUAUCUCGAAAAUUCGACACGAUCGCCCCAAUAUUUAUUAUAGCGCAACGAUCCUCUUUCUCAUUUUCUUCGCAUGGAUCGGUAACACGGUCAACAAUUUGCUUCUGCUUUACAUCAUAGUGAUUGCGGUUCUUCUCACGCCAGGGUUCAAACACAAAGGACGAGCGCGCUGGGCCGUGAAAUACGUCUAUGAUCACUCAAUUCGUCGUCAUUUAUCAUAAUCGUCGCGUUUCGUAUGUUGUCUCGUGUACCCACCGAAUCUCUUCGUUCUACAUAGUUUUAAUCCAUGCUCUCUCAAUAUAAUAUUUUUCCUUAAUACUAGGAUCCAUUAAUGUACAAUUUUACAUGUAUAUUCACCGGGAACGAUCGUGUAUAUUUGCGCGUCACGUUCGUUCCAAAAAGAAUAUAGUCAAAAGUCUCCGCGCUUCUAACGAUACAAAAGAUCAGUAUAUAAUGUAUAGUCCACUAACAAAGAAGAUACAAUUAUACUUAAUCGAUCGCUAUGGUAAUAUCGUAUUCGUCAAUGUGAUUUUAUAUCUUUUAAGUAUAAUUAAUUAUAAUUUAUAAGUCUGCCAUAUUAUCUCGUCAUUUUCAGGAAUUAAUAAAAAACUGUUUCGUCUUUCACUAAAUCUUGGUCAUAGACCGUUUUACUUACACGUAGACGUGUGUGCACAGCUUUUUAUUGUUAUUGUUUCUUCUCUGCAGGAUGAAAUAUACCGAUCUGUUGAAAUAUAUUGUUUUGUACAACUGAAA